CCCGAGCGAGCCGCGGGACCCGCGGGGCGACACCGACCCCCAGCACCGACCCCAACCCCGACCCCAGCACCGACAGCCGGGGGCGCGGGCCGCCCGCCGCCCUUAAGGUGGAUCGCGCUUAAGGUGGAGCGCUGCCGCGAGGCGGACCGGGCGUUAAGGUGGAUCGCGCUUAAGGUGGACUCUCGGCGAAGCCGCGCCUGCCGGCGGGGGGGCCGGGGCUCGGCAUGGGGAGCCCCGCCUGAAGCGGGGCCCGAGGAGCCGCGCCGGCCCGGCCCGAGGAGGAGGAGGAGGAGGAGAUGGGGGAGGCCCGCCGCUGAGGAGCCAGCUUCGCCCCGGCCGCUGACAAUGCCCGGCUCCCGGCCGCUCGGCAGGAAAAGGCAGCCCAUGGACGAGGGCGAGGCAGCUCCUUCAUCACCGCCAUCCCCCUCCUCCUCCUCCUCCUCCUCGUCCCUUUGCAGCUCUGAAGCCGCCCCGGCCGCAGCCUCCCCGCCGGCCCCCGGGACCCCCCGGCGCAGCGCCAUGGAGGCGGUGGGAAAGUUUGAGUUCAGCAGGAAGGACCUGAUCGGGCACGGAGCCUUCGCCGUCGUCUUCAAAGGCAGGCACAAAGAGAAACCUGAGCUGGAAGUAGCUGUGAAAUGCAUUAACAAGAAGAACCUUGCAAAAUCACAAACUCUGCUGGGCAAGGAAAUAAAAAUCCUUAAGGAAUUGAAGCAUGAAAACAUUGUUGCCUUGUAUGACUUCCAGGAACUGGCAAACUCUGUCUACUUGGUUAUGGAGUACUGUAAUGGUGGUGACCUGGCUGACUACCUUCACACUAUGCGGACACUUAGUGAAGACACCAUCAGGCUCUUUCUCCAGCAGAUAGCAGGUGCCAUGAAAAUGCUGCACAGCAAAGGCAUCAUCCAUCGGGACUUGAAACCACAGAACAUCCUCCUUUCCUACGCUGGAGGCAGGAAAUCAAAUCCCAACAACAUCCGCAUAAAGAUCGCUGACUUUGGGUUUGCCCGGUAUCUGCAGAACAAUAUGAUGGCAGCAACAUUGUGUGGUUCACCCAUGUACAUGGCACCAGAAGUCAUUAUGUCACAACACUACGAUGCCAAAGCUGACCUCUGGAGUAUAGGAACCAUCAUUUAUCAGUGUCUAACAGGAAAGGCUCCUUUUCAGGCCAGCAGCCCACAGGAUCUCCGCCUCUUCUAUGAGAAAAACAAGAUGCUGAUGCCCAACAUCCCCAGGGAGACAUCCAGCCACCUGAGGCAGCUCCUGCUGGGCCUUUUGCAGCGUAACCAUAAGGACCGCAUGGACUUUGAUGAGUUUUUCCAUCACCCAUUCUUGGACGCAAGUGCCUCUAUGAAAAAAUCUGCUUCCGUGCCAAUGCCUUCUUAUCCCAGUUCAGGCUCCGGUAGUUCCUCCAGCAGCUCUUCCACUUCCCACCUGGCAUCACCUCCUCAGUCCCUUGGAGAGAUGCAGCAGCAGCUGCAGGAGAAGGCGCUGGCGUCUCCUACCCAGGAUUCUCCUGGCUUUCUGCAUGGAUCUAAGGACUCUGCUGGGAGCAGCAGCAAGAAUUCGUCCUGUGACACAGAUGACUUCGUCAUGGUCCCAGCACAGUUCUCAAGUGAUUUAACUGCUGAGGCUGCAGGAGGGAAACCAAUCCAGGACAGUCUGAUGUACAGCGGGAGUUCUUUGGUGACUUCAGCAGGCUUGGAAAGCCAGGGAAGGACACCAUCUCCGUCACCCCCAUACAGCAGUUCCCCGAGCCCGUCCAGCCGGCCAGGUCAGUUUUCCAGCAGCAAGUACGGACACUCCGUGCCCAUUCCGGUCCCGACGCAAAUCCACAACUACCGUCGGAUCGAGCAGAACCUGCAGUCUCCCAACCCAUACAGCUCUCCCAGGUCUGGUACAGUCCGGAGGUCCAGCAGUACGAGUCCUCUCGGUUUUCCCAAGACUGGUGCUUCCCCUCCUUACCCUGGAGAGCAUGGAUCUGUGCCCAGCUCUAAAAAGCUCUCCUUUGGCGGUGCCAAGCCCUUCAUGCCAUCACCACAAGAUUAUUUGGCAAGUGUCUUGGCCUCAGUAAAGUGGAAAGAAAAAUACCUGUUAGCCCCAGGAGAGGCAAGCUUUGCUUUGGUGCCUGCAUCAAGCAUUUUGCUGCCCUCAGAAGAGGGCUUCUUUGGAACAAUCCCAGAGCAGCCCAGCCAGACUGUUAUCCCAUCUUCUCUUGGAGCAGAAGUGAGAAGCCGCGUUCCUGUUGCUGGUUCCUCGGCGCCUGAACAAUCUCCUCGAGGGAUGGGCUCCCGGCUCCACAGUGCUCCCAACCUGUCGGAUUUGCAUUCCUGCAGGCAGAAGAUAACCAAGCAGCACUCUGAUCCUCUUGUUGCUCACUUUGGUCAUACCCCAGUCAGCCAGCCUCUGCAGAUUCAUGGCUUGCAGCACUGCCGGCAGCUCCGAUCCUCACCGAAGCUCUCCGAGUUCAUGCAGAGAAGCCCUUUGCCAACAAUAAUGGGCUCCCCCACAAAGGCUGUGUCCCCGUUUGAGUUUCCCAAAACCCCAAGUUCCCAGAAUCUCCUCACCCUCUUGGCCCAUCAGGGGGUCAUGAUGACUCCGACUCGGAACAAGACCUUGCCAGAUCUGAAGGAGAUGGGUCACUUCCACUGCCAGCAGACUGGGUUGGGAUUGAGGCCUGUGGAAGAGAUCAAGGGCAGAUCUCUGAGCACAGGCAGGCUCACUGACCUGCUUCUGAAGGCAGCCUUCGGGGCACAGAUCUCGGAAGCUGGCAGCAGCGACAGCCUGAACAAUGAGAAGCCAAUGGAAAUUGCAGCUCCCUCAGGUGCUUACGGAGGGACCCUGCACUCUGGUGCCCGGGCUGGGGGCUCUGCCAGCCCAUCCCCAGUGAUUUUUACUGUUGGAUCCCCUCCCAGUGGAACAACCCCCCCACAGACCACGAGGACCAGGAUGUUUUCAGUGGGGUCUUCCAGCUCCCUCAGUUCUGGAGGCUCCUUCAGUGGCAGGCACUUGGCAGUGGGAGCUGGUGGGGAGGCUCUGGAAGGUCCCUCGAGCCUCCGGUUCGCGUUCGCCGACCCCAUCACCGCCAACCUGGAAGGUGCUGUCACAUUUGAGGCACCAGAGUUGCCUGAAGAGACCCUCAUGGAGCAAGAGCACACGGACAUCCUGCGCAGCCUCCGCUUCACCCUGGCCUUUGUGCACUACGUGAUGGAGAUUGCAGCCCUGAAGGGCAGCUCCAGCGAGAUGGGCACCUCAGUGACCUCUGAGUACCAGCUCCAGGAGAGCGUGGUGGCCGACCAGAUCAGCCUCCUGAGCCGGGAGUGGAGCUACGCAGAGCAGCUCGUGCUGUACCUGAAAGUGGCAGAGCUCCUGUCCUCGGGGCUGCAGAUGGCCAUAGAGCAGAUCAAAGCUGGCAAGCUGUGCCUCUCCUCCACUGUCAAGCAAGUUGUGAAGAAGCUGAAUGAGCUUUAUAAAUCCAGUGUAUCGUCCUGCCACUGCCUCAACGUGAGACUCCAGAGGUUCUUCUUGGACAAACAGAAGCUCAUGGAUCGGAUCAACAGCAUCACUGCAGAGAAGCUCAUCUUCAGCUACGCCGUGCAAAUGGUGCAGUCUGCAGCCCUGGAUGAGAUGUUCCACCACAGGGAGGACUGUGCACAGAGGUACCACAAGGCUCUGCUGCUGAUGGAGGGGCUCCUGAACAUCAUCACUGAACAGGGAGACAUAGAAAACAUCAGUAAAUGUAAGCUGUGCAUCGAGCGCAGGCUGUCGGCGCUGCUGUCGGGGUUCUGUGCCUGAUUCCAGUGGUGUUGUUCCUCACACACCUCGCCCCAGCUGAUUGCUUUGUUCCCAACGGCCUGCUGCUGUGCUGGGAAACGAUUCUGGCAGUAGGAGACCUGGAGGAUGAACUGCUCACUGUUUUGUAUUUGGACGUUUUGGGAAGUUGUUCCACAGACUCGGAUUCCUUUGUGGGGACGUGCGGCGGCAGCAAGCACAAAUAAUUCCCUGCCCGAGGGCCUGGGCGAAGACAUGGCCAGUGUGGGAAGGUCUCCCUCGUUGUCAGAGGGGAUGAAGGAUAGAAGUCUGCUUCUUCCCAGCACGUUGAAGGAUGAGGCUGCUGCCUACCCCUCUUGCUUAAGAACAGGGUAUUCCAGUGCUGUGUCCAUUGCAGGCAAUGGAUGUGCUGAAACUGCUGGCUUCAGUUAAUGUUGGAGGGUGUCAUUCAGAAAUAAAGGCCAGUUUGUGUACUUCCCCCUUCCCAGCUGAGAGCCAGGCAUCUUCAAGCUUCCUGGCAACCGGAGGCUCCCCUCCAUCCUCUCCUUUGUCCCUUCUCAUUGUGUUCAUGCCUUGGAGUGCUUCCUGCAUGGCAGAGAGGAGGGAGUCGGCGCCGAAGGAGCUCCCACCUCCACAGACUUGCUGAGCGAGGCAGAGGAUGUGCUGCUGCUGCUGCUGGGAAGCAAAUCCCAUGGCUGCUGUGUGGGCUCCCUCUCUGCCUGCCUGGAUGGGCGACCGACACAGGGAAAGGGACUGUGCAGGAAACGGGAGGGCGACAGAAAGCGCGACGCUCCCGUGUUCGUAAGAAACGAAAAGGAAUCCGUUCCUCCCUUGGUCCCCAAGCCCAGUGGGAUCAAUGUGAAAGACUCCUGGCUGUUGAGCUCGUCCCUACCAGGAGGAAGCACUGGCGCUGUCCUGCUUUCAGCUGUUGGCUCAAUAACCCCUUCCUGGAGCCCCCCCAGACUGAAAACACUAGCUUUGUGAAUCAAAGGAGCACUUUACACACUAUGGGAACUUGGAGAAGUUGACUUUGCAUCACACAACAACCCAGGAACAUCACGACUGUUAGGAAUGCUGUUCUUUUUAUUCCUUUCCUUGCUUCCUGGUUGUUUUAUUGCACUACGUGUGUGCGUAUAUUAAUAUGUAUUCCUGAGAGUGAAUAUAUAUUGAUAUUGAUAUGGUUUGUGUGUAACUGUACGUAUUUAACUGUACUGUAUCUCGUGAGUGUGAGGCAAAGAGCACUGCAGUCUGUGCUGUUCCUCCUCCUCACCAGGCAAAGCUGACUUGCAGUCUGGCAGUACCAAGAUUUGUUUUGUUUUUUAUUUAAAUGUUCUUUUAAGGACAGUCGAUACAAAGCUCCGUGCUUUUUAAGAGCUGAAGAACAGGCGUUAAGAUCCCACACACUUACACUUGGAAAUGCGUUUUUUAAGAAGUUUUAUUUGCUGCUUCGUUGUUGUUGUUGGGGUUUUUUUUAUAAAGAAAUCUUGUAGCGUUCAGUUUUAUGUUCAGCAUUUCUUUCAAGGAGACUCUGCAGCCAAAUGAGACUGUGGGUGUGAGUGGCUCGAGUUCUGGUUGAGGCUUUGGGUGCUGUGAGCAUGUGUGUGAGAGGAGAGCUGCCUGCCUCCCAUCUGUCUGUGAGAGCAUGAGUGUGUCAGACCUGAGUCGUGGCAGUAUUUUGUUAGAGCUGGGCAGAAAAGCAUCUUUGAAAGCAACUCAAAACCUCAGGCUUAGUUUUUGGGGAUCUAAAAAAUAUUUUUGCACACGGUGGUUAGGUCCUCGUUGCUUUUUUUUUUCCCCUCUCCAUGUUGGCACGUUCAUUGUGAUACUUCGCAAGGGUUUCAGGAGCAACUUCGUUGGUUUUGGAGCUGGCGCCGUGUUUGGCAACACGGGGUGUUUCUGUUCGCAGAGCAGAAAUGCCAGUAAAGAAAUUUAAAAAUAUUUCCAAUUGCAACACGGGUGUUUCUGUUCACAGAGCAGAAAUGCCAAGAAAGAAAUUUAAAAAUAUUUCCAAUUGCCCCGACCAGGGAAGUUUAAGUGUAGCUUUCACAAAUGCUUCAGUAUUUGGCCGCUGUUACCCCGUACGUCCACAGUCUGCUGCUUCUGUGGCCGUUUGUGCUUGUGCCUGGGAAAAAAAGAGAAAGGAAAGAAGACAAGACAAAACCAACCAACCAACCAACCCUCCCCAGCCUGUGGAUAGAAACGCCAAGGAGACCCAGACUGCUGCUGAAAGGCUUUGGCCAGAUCUGCAAAGGGCUGCGCUGCAGGCGGGAGCACCGGGAGGCAGCGCCAAGCCAGGACUGAUUCUGCAAUACCAACUCCUGCUGCACACCACAGACCCUCCUGGCAAAGCCCCCAGGGAGGGAGAGGCACAUCCCGGGAUCCACGUCCCUGCCAGGGAGAGGCACAUCCCGGGAUCCACGUCCCUGCCGCGCCCCAGUGACCCGUGUGUGUGUGUGUGUGUGUGUGGCAAGCUCAGCACUAACCUUCCAGCUGUACUUAAUUACUUGAAUGUAUCAAAAAAUUGUCCACAUUCAAUGUAUACAAGUAUAUAUUGCUCCAAAAAGAAAAAAAUAAUUGUGGUUUACAGACCUACAACCAAUAUAUAUGUAUGUGUUUGUGUAUAUACAUACAAGGCUGUGUGUGUGUAUGUGUGUGCAUGGGUAGAGAUACACACACAAACACAAACGUGUAUAUAUAUGUUUUCUCUCAAUACUUGAAACUUAGCCACUGUGCUUGAAUUAAAAAAAAGAAAAAAAGCAAACAAAAAAACCCACAAAAAAC